AUGUCUGUCGAGUUGCAACCAACGCCUGACGCGCGCUCAAUGCGCUCUGCGCCGCCUACCGAUGAUGAAGAGGGCAACAACUUGAUCCAGACUCUCCCGCCGAGUGACAAGGGCGCGGAGGCAUGGAAAUUCCUCUUUGCGAGUUUCAUUGUCGAGGCAGUUCUCUGGGGUUUCCCCCUGACGUUUGGUGUCUUCCAAGACUACUAUUAUUCCCAUCCCAAUUUCGAAGGCAACCCAAACAUCGCUGUCAUUGGCACGGUGUCAACAAGUAUCUACUUCCUCGGAGCACCAAUUGCUGUGCCCUUGGUUGGCCGCUUCCACGCCUGGCAAAGACACAUGGUUGUUGUCGGCUGGGCUAUUUGCGUUGCAUCCCUUGUUGGGGCGUCCUUCUGCGACUCAGUCGUCGGUCUCAUCGCUACACAGGGCGUCAUGUACGGUGUCGGCUUUCUGCUGCUGUAUUUCCCCGUUCUGCGUAUGCUCAACGAGUGGUUCGUGGCCCGCCGCGGCUUUGCCUAUGGCGUCCUCUUUGCCGGCGCCGGAUGCAGUGGUGUCGGUCUGCCGUUCUUGCUUGAGGUGCUCUUGUCCAAGUAUGGCUUCCGCACCACUUUGAGAUCGGUCGCCGUUGCGGUGUUCAUCUUGGUGCUCCCAGUCCUGCCGAUGAUCAAGGGACGCCUUCCGCCCUCGCACCACGGUGCUCUGCGCAUGUUCGACGUGAGCUCUUUCAAGCAGCCUCUUUUCUACUGUUUUGCUCUCUCGAACUUGUUUCAGGGGUUUGCCUACUACAUCCCCUCACUGUAUCUCCCCUCAUACGCUUCUGCUAUUGGGCUGUCCGGAACGAUGGGCGCUUUGCUUCUGGCUGUUUACAACUUGGCAACCGUUUUCGGACAGGUCGGAUUCGGCUGGUUGUCGGACAGGACGCCUAACAUCCUCAUUCUCAUUUUCAUCUCUUCGUUCGUAUCGUCGGUUUCAGCGUUCAUCAUUUGGGGAUUUGCUCACUCCUUGGAGCUUCUCGUGGUGUUCGCGCUCAUCUUCGGCAUGUUCGCCGGCGGUUUCCCCGUCUUCUGGGCCAAGUUUGGCGCCAUCCUUUCCGACGAUCCAGCACCUGUAUUCAGCAUGAUGGCGUUCACAAAGGGCAUCGGCAAUCUUGCUACUGGUCCCAUCACUGCUGGUCUCUUGACCAAGCCGGUCAGUUCGGGUUAUGGAAUGGGGCGAUACGAAUCGUUGGUUCUCUUCGUUGGCUCCUUCAUGCUGUGCUCGUCUAUGGGCAUUCUCGGCUGGCCACUGAAGAAGGUCACUGUCCGCUCCUGA